CAUCUUCGUGCAUCAAUCUUCAACAACAUUCGCACCGACAGCUCCUUGUGACGUCAUCAAUUCUCCUCAUACUACUUUUUUUCCGACUCGCACUCGUCUUCCUGUCUUCACGACUCUUCAACUUCCCUCCCCACAAUUCAAAAUGGUCCACCCCGCUUCCACCUGCUGCAAGACCUCUGGUGACGGUAGCUGCGUCUGCGCCGCCCAGGCCAAGUGCUCCUGCGGCAAGGAGAACGCCCUCCACUGCACCUGCAACAAGGCUUCGACCGAGAACACCCUCUCCGGCCCUCGGUGCUCCUGCAGAGCCCGUCCUGCUGGUCAAUGCACCUGUGAGCGCGCCGCUAGCGAGAACACCCCCGUCUCGGGUGACGCCUGCCCCUGCGGACAGAGAUCCUCCACUUCUUGCACCUGUGAAAAGGCUGCUGCUGUGGACGCUGCUGCGGAAAGCAACGAGAUCGACUUCACCACCCGCGCUUGAUUACCUGUUUGUCUUUAAGUCGAUUUUUGCUGGAUUUGCUUUCGCUUGGCUGGGUGUUAUCAAUAGCAUGUACGGCUGGGGGCCUGGUGUUCAAGAUGGAGUUCUUUCGGGGGUCGAUUCUUGUUUUCGUUUACUAUGAGGGGCGGCAGUAGCAUUCAGAAUCUCAAGAAUGAGAUUGGUUUACAAUGAUAUCAAUGGGCUAGAGCCUUGAGACUAUGCCAAAUUGGAUUUGAUUUCUCGCAUUG